AAACGACAACAAGUCUAUGUAAUAGGAGCGCAAUGUAUCUCUCGACGAACGUAAUUCGAGUAGUCAGUUGUCACGCUCUUGUGAUCUUUGCGGUGAUGACGGUCUCGACUCCCCAGGCCAUGACACUCUCGUCGACCAACCACAGGCAGCGUCGGCGCUGCUGUAAUUUCCUCGGGACACUGUUACGCAUCCCGAGCAACGCCUGCAGCCUCUUCCUCUUGUUGAUGAGGUGCACGAUGGCGAUGCUGACAGCGUCAAUUAGACUGGUCGUGCCACCCUGGAAGAAAAGCCUAUUCGGCGAGACCGUACUAAUUACAGGUGCCGGUCAUGGAAUUGGACGAGAAUUGGCGAUACAAUUGUCGGCUCUUGGCUGCAUUGUCGUCUGCUGGGAUACGGACAUCGAGGCAAAUCGAGCAACUAUGAGUAUCAUCUCCAAAAAUGGUGGCGAGGUCCACGGCUUCGUAGUGGAUGUGUCGAAACGACUGGAGGUACGGGAGGUAGUACGUUUGAUGAGGAAGGCCGACAUACCGGAUGUGAAUAUUUUGAUCAAUAAUACCGGAGUUCUGCUUCGUGGGCCGUUCCUCGACUAUAAGGAUGAAGACGUGCAAAAAAUCUUCGAAAUUAACGUUCUGUCGCAAUUUUGGACAAUACAGGCGUUUCUACCAUCGAUGUUACGAAACAAAAAGGGUCACAUCGUUUCCAUAAACAAUAUGUGCGAGUUUAAUGGGUUAACAAACAACGUUGCCUACUGUUCAUCUAAGUUCGCAGUGAGAGGAUUAAUGGAAAGCUUAUGCGAGGAAUUAAGAUUAACAACGGAAAAUUCGAAAAUAAAUUUCACAACAGUUUAUCCAUUGUACUUGGAUACAGAUUUUCAUUAUAAUCCUAAAUUUAGAUUUCCUUACUUAUCCGGCGUUGCUUCUCCAACAUACACAGCCAAAAAAAUAAUACGCGCUAUACAAAGAAAUUAUGAAGAGUAUUCAAUUCCUGGAUGCCUCGUUUAUUUAAGUGCGAUAAAUAGACUUUUGCCAAGGAAAGCUAUGCGAUUAAUAAUAGAUUUCUUAACUAAUUUUGAAAAAGAUACAACUAUUGCCGCCGACUGA